AUCGAACGCACACGCUUUGUUUAUUGAUUCCGAGCAAGAAAACCCAGGAAGCCGGCGGCGGGAGCGAGCGGAUGAGCGAGAUGUGGGGGAGAAGGCUGGCGUCGCUUUCUUCUCUUCGCCAUAAGAAGGCUUCUUCUUCCGGCGGAGGCCUCUUCUCGACCACCACGGAGGCGGCGGAGGCGGCGGGAAGGGGUGGCGAGAAACAGCGCUCCUUCGCGCGCCGGGCCGUCCCCAUCGUUUUGAUCAGCCUCACCGGAGGCGUCGCUCUCAGCGCCCUCAACGAUCUGGCCAUCUACCAUGGGUGCACCAGCAAGGCAAUAGAAAAGGCGAGUCAGAAUCAAAAAAUUGUAGAAGCUCUUGGUGAGCCAAUUGUAAGAGGUCCCUGGUAUGAUGCUACUCUUGCAGUCGGUCACAGAAGGCAUAGUGUAUCUUGCACAUUUCCUGUGUCUGGGCCCCAAGGAACUGGCAUUUUCCAAUUGAAGGCUGUUCGCUCAGGAGAGGACACCUGGUUUUCGUUUUUGCGACACCAUGACUGGGACAUACUAAUCAUGGAGGCCCUCCUCUGUGUCCCUUCAGACAAUGGGAGUCAUCGUACAUUUAGAGUAAGUCUCUCUGACAGUAUCUUGCCCCCACCCUCCAUGGAGUGCAGGGAAUGCAGGGCUUCGCAAUUGCCGAAACCGGAUAAGUGAGUUGAUUUUGGAUAAUCCAAUGCAACAAGUACCUUCUUUAUUAUCUAGAACAGAUAUUCUGUUCCCUUCUCAUCAAACAUGCCAUGCCAGGAGUAUAUGUGCAAGAAACUUGGAAUAACUGGGUUUUUCGCAGUAUUUAUACCCAUGGAAGUUUUUGGUGCCUUGCUGAAGAUAAUAGGAUGUGAACUUAACAAGCAACAUUUAUUCGUCUUAUUCGUCUUAUUUGUUGAGGUAACAAAUUUUGAAUGUCGAGUGCAUAAACUUCAAAAUAUACUACUUAUUCCAUCUGAUUUUCAUGACUGAUCAUGUGUUGUUGCUAUUAAUUUUUUUGUCUGCAAAAUAAGAGAAUGAAAAAGCCCUCAAAUUUCAUUAUGAA